AUGACAAAACAAACAUUUUUGGAUGCGAUAGCUAUUGGAAAUGUAUUUCCAUCAUCUUUAGUAAUGUUUUCAACAUUUAUUGGAUAUAAAGGAGGCUAUGUCUAUGGUGGUGUUGGUUAUGGAUUUUUAGGAGUUGUAUUGAUUACUAUUGGAAUAUUCACUCCAUGCAGAGUUGUUGGUAUUAUAGCAGUGACAGCUUUCGAUCUGCUUAAAGCUUCAAUAACAACCUCGGCUAGUUUGGUACUAUACCUGCCGGGACUGAAAGAGAUUUGUUUUGAUGUAGGUUCUGCUAAAAGUUCUGGAUCUGACAUUGUCACUUUAAGGAAGAAGAGGCGGAGAGGAGGAUGUAAUGAGGAAUUGAAAUUAUUACUCGAUCUAGAACCAAGUCCAAAUUCAGUUACUGCAAUUUAUUGA